UCUGCGGAGCCACAGCGAGAGACUUAAUAGUUGGUCUUCUUGAUCAUGUCUUUGGAAGAUGGAUGCUGCGAGAAAACAAAGAAUGAAGCAAGACAAAUUUAAACUUCUCAUUGGAGGCUGAAGAUGAGGAAGUGAUUUAUUUAUUCUUUUCUCAAAUUACAGGGAAGCAACUGCUCAGGUGCAUCAACAUGUCCCAUCUCAACCAAGAGCCUUCCAAACAACCCAAGGCCACUGCUAGUGUGCCCAAACUGCCGCUGCCUGAGUUAAAAGAAACUUUAGACACUUACCUGAGAUGCAUGAAACACCUGCUCAGUGAGGAACGCUUCCAAGAGACCCAGCGGGCGGUCAGGCGCUUUGGCGCCCCCGGAGGUGUGGGAGAGCUACUGCAACGCAAGCUGGUGGAGAGGAGAGAGGAAAAGGCCAACUGGGUGUACGAGUACUGGUUGAACGACAUGUACCUCAACAACAGACUGGCGUUGCCGGUUAACUCCAGUCCCGCCAUGGUUUUCCCACGCCAGACUUUCGAAGCUCCCUUCGAUUCUCUGAGGUUUGCUGCCAAUUUGAUCUCAGGAAUUCUGGAGUACAAAAGUUUGCUUGAUGCAGGUACGUUACCUGUGGACUACGCCCGAGGUCAACUUGCCGGAACGCCUCUUUGUAUGGAGCAGUACUAUCGGAUGUUCAGCGCCUACCGUCUGCCGGGCCGUGAGAGGGAUGUUCUCGUGGUGCACGACGGUAGCGCCGUGCCAGAAGCAGGACAUAUUAUUGUGGCUUGUAAAAACCAGUUUUUUGUACUGGACGUGGUGAUCAAUUCCCGCCGCCUGAACAAGCAAGACCUCCUGAGUCAGCUGGAGAAGAUCAUAAAAAUGGCUGACGAUGAAGACGAGCGGCAGCCGCCGAUCGGUCUUCUCACCUCCGACGGCCGAACGGAGUGGGCGGAGUCUCACAGAGAACUCUUCAGAGAGUCGACCAACAGGAACUCUUUGGACCUGAUGGAGCACUCCCUUUGUUUGGUGUGUCUUGACGACGACAGCAAGGGCGAGUUGAGCGAUUCUGCUCGGGCCAUGUUGAUGCUGCACGGGGGAGGAGCAGCCGUUAACGGGGCCAACCGGUGGUACGACAAAAGCAUGCAGUUUGUUGUAGGGGCUGACGGCUGCUGCGGAGUUGUGUGCGAGCAUUCGGCGUUCGAAGGGAUCGUUCUGGUGCAGUUUACGGAGUAUCUUCUCCAAUAUAUGCUCGGCAGCCCCUCCAAGUUGGUCCCGGCCGCAAGUGUGAGCGAGCUGCCAGCCCCAAGACGACUCCGCUGGAAAUGUAACCCGCUCAUGCACAAAUUCCUCAACUCAUCUGCUGACAGACUCCGCAGGCUUGUCAAGAAUCUCGACAUGAAGAUCCACAAAUUCCGCCAUUACGGGAAAGAAAUGAUCAAGUUGCUCCAUAUGAGUCCAGAUGCCUUCAUCCAGGUGGCUCUUCAGUUGGCCUACUACAGAUGUCACGGCAGAGCAGUUUCCACCUAUGAGAGCGCCUCCAUACGUCGUUUCAAAGACGGCCGAGUGGAGAACAUUCGCUCGGCCACGCCGGAAGCCCUGGACUUUGUUCGAGCAAUGACUGACGGGAAUGUGAGCAAUUGUGAUGCAAAGAUGGAGUUGUUACGAACCGCCAUAUCAGCACAGACAAAGAUUUCGACACUGGCUAUCGUGGGGAUGGGAAUCGACAAUCACCUAUUGGGAUUGCGCGAGAUGGCAAAAGAUCUGAAGAUGGAGACACCGGAGAUCUUUCGAGAUGAGGCCUAUCGCAUCAGUCAUGAGUUUAUUCUCUCCACAAGUCAGGUCCCCACCACUGUUGAGAUGUUCUGCUGCUACGGACCGGUGGUCCCGAACGGAUACGGAGUGUGCUACAAUCCACAGUCGGACCAUCUUGUCUUCUGCGUGUCCAGCUUUAGCGAGAGUCAACACACGUGCUCGUCGCAGUUUGUCAAAAGUCUGGAGCGGGGGUUAUUAGAUAUGAGGGAUUUGUGCCACAAAUACAAGUCCCGUGAGCCGAGACAGGGUCCGACCCCCGUGGAGAUGCCAGCAGAACGGAGCAAGAAUCAGAAAGCGGUAACACUUGUGAAGACAAUGAGCCAAACUAAACUUCAGCCUUGA